CUACAAACUUCAUUAUUGUUUUUAUUUGACGGGCGGUAAACAAUUAACAAUAAGUUUGUCAUUUUUUUCUAAAGAAUAAGUUUUAAAAAAAAACCUAACAAAUUGUUUUCAAUUAUGGAACGGCAAAAGUUGAACCAAGUUUUAAAAAUGUUAAAUGAAUCAACAAUUGAAUCAUCUGAUGAAAAUAUAACAAUAGAUGGUUUAAUACCAGUGGAAGAUAAAAUUAAACAUUUAAGAACUGUUUUAAAAGAAAUGAAUGCCAGAAUUUUGUAUCUUAAAGCUGUCAAUGGUGAAAAUAAAAUUACUGAAUUACCUGAAGAUGAUUUAAGUACAACUUGUGAUAAAUUGACUGAAGAAAUUACAGCACAAUGUGUUAUUAAUGAUAAAGGAGUAAAUUUAUGUCUUGAAAGUCAUGCUCUUGAAGAAAUAUUAAAUAACCAGGAGAAUCCAGAAUUACAAGAAAAAGUUAGACAAUUAUGUAAAUUACUUUAUACUAAAACCGAUAAUGCAUUAAGCAUUCAAAAUGAAAUAAAAGAAUUGAAGACAAAGUUAAUUCAUCUUAAAACUAAAGAUAUACAAGAAGCACAUAAAUAUGGAAGUUUUUUAAAGGAACAAGAAGAACUGAGAAUUAAUAAGCUCGAGCAAUCAAAUCCUACAGAAGCAAGGUUCAAAGAAAAAAUUGAAUUGACAAUUGGAAAAAUGAAUCUAAUGAAGAAGCUCAUAAUUAAACUUAUAUCAGCCUCACCACAAUUAUUAUUAGAUGAUGAUUAUGAAUCAGAUAGUGUAGAAUUAUUAAAAAAGCAUCGAAAAAUUAUUAACAUAGAAACUAUUUCAAAUAUGUUACAAGAUCAAGAUAAGAGUUCUGAUUAGAAAUAACAUUGUGAAAUUAAAUCAUAUGUCUAGUAUAAGUAAAAUUCAUGUAUUUUAAUUUUCAAGGAGACAAUUUGAAUUAUUUUUUUUUGUAUUGAUUUUUAAAAAAUUUCCAUAUUAAAGAAUAUUAUUUUCUAAUUAUUAUAUUUAUAAUUGA